UUUCAGAGGACUAUUCCAAACCCAACACUAUGAGUGACAACAAUACACUGCGUAUGGCGGAGAUGCUGGAUAAGCAAAACUCCCAGCAAAAUGAUUUCAUGAAGUUCAUGAUGGAGAUGAACAACAGUGCAAGAUUGUCCGACCAGGCAAGAGAUGAUCGAAACGCGAUUCGAAGUGAGAAUAAUCUCAAAGAAGUCUACAACAAGUUGGUCGAAGCACAAAAGAAAGAGAGUCCCGUGGACAUUUCCAUUAAAAUCAGAAGAUGAAAAUAAGCCGGGCAACUGUUUGCGGCUCUAAAUCUAUUUUUUUCGUUUUUUUUUAAUCUAUUGUAAUACGGUCUAUCUUAAUUUCAUAAAGUUAAACAAAAAACGCAAUA